GAGUUCCAUCAUUAAGCCACGCCCACACCACGCCCUUUUAGGCCCCUCCUCUUCCCAGGGGUCAAUGGGAGAAUUCCACAAUUAAGCCACGCCCCUUUACCACGCCCUUUUAGGCCCCGCCCCCACCCCGGCUCAAUGGGGGGGCUACAGGGACAUUCCAGCGUUAAGCCACGCCCACACCACGCCCCUGUCACGCCCCUUCCCCCCCGGGCUGCAAUGAGGGGCUAUAGGGGCGGUCUGGUUUUAAGCCACGCCCCCCUGCCACGCCCUUGUAAGCCCCGCCCAUCGCCCCCUAUCCCCGGCGGCCGCCCCGGAGCCGCGUCCCGAGCGAUGGCGGCGAACCGGGUGGGGCGGCGGCAGGGCCGGGGGGCGGCCCCGGGCCCGGGGGGGCUCUCACCGGGCCGGGGGUCCCCGGGGGGGCUCUCGCCGGGUCGGGGGGCGUCCCCGGGGGGGCUCUCGCCGGGCCGGGGGGCGUCCCCGGGCCGCAGCCCCGGUGUGCAGCGGCGAUCGGCGCGGGUCACGGUCAAGUACAACCGGCAGGAGCUGCAGCGGCGGCUGGACACCGAGCAGUGGAUCGACGGCAGGCUCGGGGAGCUCUACCGGGGACGG